UCAGUUUACGCAAUAGUGUCCCUGAGCAACAUAAAACACACUGCUCUACACCCUUCCUGAAAGCAUCAUUCGCUCUGAGCACGGAAAUCCAGAGCCUAGGGCAGAACAAAGAGAAUCGGUCAAACCUAGAGAAAACUGCUCAAAGCUGUAAAAAUGCCACCACCUCGUGUGAACAGAAUAGCCAGGGAUGAACAGCCGACAAGAGACAAAACGGGCACUCUUGACGUCCCUUUGAAAUUCUUGGAUCAGGACUACCAGGAGUUGAAGAAGAGCUGCUUCACCAAUAACAGGAGAUAUGUUGAUGAGAAGUUCCCUUCAGACAGCAGCUCCAUUGACCCAAAGAAGAAACUUGGAUUGGAUAUGGAACAAAUCAAAUGGUUGAGGCCAUCAAAAAUAGUGGCAGACCCUCAACUCAUUGUUAAGGGGGUUUCCAGGUUUGACUAUUCCCAAGGAUCUUAUUUAGGAGACUGCUGGUUUCUUGCUUCAGUUGGAGCUUUAACCUUUCAGGAGGAUGUCAUGGACCACGUCAUGCCAGUUGACCAGUCAUUUGGUGAAGAUUAUGCAGGGAUAUUUCGCUUUAGAUUCUGGAGGUUUGGGAAAUGGAUUGACGUUGUCAUUGAUGACAAACUGCCAACAAUCAAUGGCGAGCUCAUUUUUGUUCAUUCAAAAACAUCUAAUGAGUUUUGGCCUGCCUUGCUGGAGAAAGCUUAUGCCAAGGUGUGCGGCUCCUAUGCUGACAUGCACGCUGGUCUUGUGUCUGAGGCGCUGUUGGACUUCACUGGUGGCGUCCACGUGCACUAUGAAACAGCAACAACCUCUAUUGAUUUGUGGAGCCUGAUGCACCGUGCAGAAAAAGCAAAGGCUCUGAUGGCCUGUGGCACCUUUCUGGGGAAAACAUCUGAAAACACAGUAUUACCCAAUGGCAUUGUUCAAGGCCAUGCAUAUACAGUGACUGGGGUUUACAAGGUAAAAUGCCAAAAAAAAACAGUUCAGCUGGUGAGAGUGUUGAACCCUUGGGGAGAACGCGAGUGGACCGGUGACUGGAGUGACAAGUCAUCGUUGUGGGACAAAGUGAGUGAGAAGGAGCAAUCCAUGUGUCGUUCUUUGGCCAAUGACGGAGAGUUCUGGAUGUCAAUGGAGGACUUCACCAAAAACUUUGAAGACCUUGAUAUUUGCUGCCUCAGUCCUGAUUUUCUGGACAGUUCCUCUGAAUGCAGAUGGACUUACACAUGUUACAAAGACAGCUGGGUUGAUGGGACUACAGCUGGUGGCUGCCUCAAUAAUAAAGACUCUUUCUGGACGAACCCUCAGUUUCGGGUGAGGAUUGAGGAGCUUGAUAAGGAAUGUAGUGGUCAGUGCCCUGAAAACAUACUGGUGUCCCUCAUGCAGAACCAUGAGAAGAGAAACAGAAGUGAAGUUUCUAACUACUCCAUCGGCUUCAGUGUUUUUGCGAUUCCACCAGAGAUGAAAGAUGUGAAGCUCCCGGACAAGUUCUUCUACCGCAAACGCCCCAUUGAAAGUAGUGGGAACUUUGUCAAGGCAAGACAUGUGAUGAAAUGCUUCAAGCUUGAACCAGGAGAGUAUCUCAUUGUACCGGCCACUUUCAAUCCUAAACAGUGUGCAAAAUUCAUAUUGUCCAUCUUCUCAAAGAGUGAAUCCCAUAAGAGAAAUAAGAAACCUUAGGUGACAUAUGUAUGAAAUGACCUAUCAGUGAAACUCCAGAUAAAUGAAAAGACACGA